GGUACACCCAUCUCCCAUUCAUGCCAUAUAUUUCUUAAAAGAUCGAGUAGAAGCAGAACCAAGAGAUAGAAGAGGCAAUUAAUAAAUUUGGGAAGACAUGAAAUCUUAGUUGCAAGAAAUUAGCACAAUAAGAAGAUUAUAAAUGGGUUCGGGCCGGUCAUUAUAAGACAAAAGCUAAAUUAUAAGUUAUAUAGCCCAGUUAGCUAGCUUCCUCCAAUAUCUGCCUAUAAAUUAACUCCUCCUCCUCUCUUCUCAAACCCCCUCCCAACUCUCUCUCUCUCUCUCUCUCUCUCCCCUCUCUCAUCUUUGAUUCAUCGGAGAAACUAAAGAUAAUGUGUCAGCUCACCACAUCAUCUUCACCAUCGCCCUCACCUCCUCUCUUCUGCAAAUGCGAUGCCAAGGCAAUCACCUACCCGUACCUUGUCUCCAUUAGGGACCAAGAAAAAGCAGAAACUGAUAACGAGCCUUCGGUGAUGGCUGAUUCGAUCCAAACCCCAUUAUUGAUCCCUAAUGACACCAUGACAAGCUCGGCAACAAGUUUAAAGCAACCCCACCCCCGCAACCGGAGUCACCUCUCACUGGCAGUCGAGGAGGCCCUCUCCAUUGCCAGGAUUGCCCUCCCCAUGAUCCUCACUGGCCUCUUGCUCUACUCCCGGUCUAUGAUCUCGAUGCUCUUCCUCGGCCGGCUCGGGGAGCUUGCCCUUGCUGGCGGGUCCCUUGCCCUGGGCUUUGCCAACAUCACUGGCUACUCUGUCCUCUCGGGUCUGGCCAUGGGGAUGGAGCCGAUUUGUGGCCAGGCUUUCGGUGCCAAGAAGCUAACUCUCCUCGGCCUCUCCCUCCAGAGGACCAUCCUCUUGCUCAUCCUCACCUCAUUGCCCAUCUCCUUCCUUUGGCUCAACAUGAAACAAAUCCUCCUCUUCUGUGGCCAGGAAGAGGCCAUCGCCUCCGAGGCCCAGUCCUACCUCCUCUACUCGCUUCCCGACCUCCUGGCCCAGUCCCUCCUUCACCCACUACGUAUCUAUCUGCGCACGCAAUCCAUCACUCUCCCACUCACAUUCUGCGCCACGUUGUCGAUAAUCGUGCACGUGCCCAUCAGUUAUUUCCUAGUCAACCACCUCGGCCUGGGCAUCAAAGGCGUGGCGCUCAGCGGCGUUUGGACCAACUUCAACUUGGUGGCUUCCCUAAUAGCCUAUAUCGCCAUCUCAGGGACCCACAAGGAGACGUGGGGAGGUUUCUCCCUCGAUUGCCUUCGUGAAUGGCGAUCACUACUGAAUCUGGCAAUCCCGAGCUGCGUCUCAGUGUGCCUUGAAUGGUGGUGGUACGAGAUCAUGAUCAUGCUCUGCGGACUAUUGCUGAACCCCCGAGCCACCGUGGCCUCGAUGGGGAUCCUCAUCCAGACAACCUCACUGAUCUACAUAUUCCCGUCCUCACUGAGCUUCAGUGUGUCAACUCGUGUAGGGAACGAGCUGGGCGCAAACCGACCUGCCAAGGCGAGGCUAGCAGCCAUCAUGGGCCUGGGUGGGAGCUUCAUCCUGGGCCUGUCGGCCCUGUCCUUUGCCGUCGCAGUGAGGAAUGUCUGGGCAACAAUGUUCACGGAGGACAAGGAGAUUGCGGUGCUGACCUCGCUCGUGCUGCCCAUAAUUGGGCUGUGCGAGCUGGGGAACUGCCCGCAGACAACGGGGUGUGGAGUGCUCAGGGGCACGGCGCGGCCCGAGGUGGGGGCGAACAUAAACCUGGGUUGCUUCUACCUGGUGGGGAUGCCCGUGGCGGUGGGGCUGGCUUUCUUCCUAGGGUUUGAUUUCGAGGGGCUGUGGUUGGGGUUGCUGGUAGCGCAGGGGUCGUGCGUGGUGGUGAUGCUAUUGGUUUUGGCCCGGACUGACUGGGAUCACCAGACAAGGAGAGCACAGGAGCUGACAGGAGGAGGAGGAGGAGAUAUUGAUGAUGAUAAGAAUUACAGCGAGGAAGCUGAGAAGAAACCCUUAACAGUGGAAUAUUGUUUUGUUUAAGGGACAAAGAGAGCUGAAACCGAGGAGGAUUCCUUGAAUUUAUUGGCUGACGUGGACGUGGACGUGGCAGGACAUUUGAGUACUCCGAUCCUUCUUUGUCCUUUUCAUUUUUGAUUAAUCAUCAUUAACUAAAAAUUUAAUGAAUCCCCACUCCUGAAUUAGUCCUUUCUGUUGUAACCUUUUGUUUUAUUUUUGUCCCUUUGGAGGAUUCUUGUCCUUGGCUGUACAGUAUGUAUAGUUAGAGGGGACGGAGGAGAGAACUAGGGGGGAAAGAAAGACUGAAAGUCAUUGAGCAAUUCUUUUUCUGUUUUUUUUCUUUUUCCUUUUCUCUUUUGUCCUUUUAAUCUAAUUAUGGUAAAUGGGCAUUCUAAUUUUGGCAAACAUAUGUUUGCUAACUUUGUGACAUUCAAUUUUGGUGUCAUCAAUAUACGAUAUCUUAAUAUUACCU